AUGUUUGCGAUGUACAUCCAGCUGCUGAGCGUUGCUCUGUUCAUUACGGUAGCGCGGGCUGCCGUUGUGAUGCCUCAGGUCGUGGCUCCUCCUCCUCGUCCUGCUCGGCGCAAUUGCGUUCCUUACACCAAGCUGCUUCCUCGCAAUGCCGAGUACCGCAAGCACUGCGAUGGCGACACUCCCACGGGUGGCGAUCCCAAAUGGCCCUGCUUCACCUUCUGGAGCGGCUACCUGGGAGACGUUGUGGCCACCAUCGACGACCCCAAAGCCGAUCCUGACAAGGACGUAUUCCUGGUCAAGAACGGCUUCCUAGAAGAUUUCACCAUUCGUGAUCCAACCAAACCGUUUAGCCUGACCUGGGAUGGUCAGGCCACGCUCUCGUACAAGGACUACAAGAAGGACACCGGCUGCUAUACGAUCCAGGUCUCGAGAUCCAAGGACACUACUCUGAGGAUCUGGGUCUCGGAUCAGGACAACAAGGAGCGCAAAGUCGACACGCUCCACAACGAAAACCCCGACCCUGUCGAAUUCUGCACAAAGUGGGCCCAUCUCCAUGUCAAGUACGACGGCAACGAGUUCUAG